AUGGACCUUCUUGGACCGUUGACGGACGCUUUGCAACACCAGAAUGAAGAAGUUACUCUUCGCAACCAACUCGAGUCGCCGCUCCUUCGCCUGCCUGCUGAGAUCCGAAACAACAUCUAA